GUCCGGCUUCAGUUCGUUAUGAGCAGGGCACUGGGUAGGAAGAAAUAAAAGUAACAGAAUAUGGUGACUUUGUGGAUAUUUAUAACUUGUAAAGACACUGAAAAUAUACGAGACCAAAACAUGUAAAUUGUCAGUGCACGUAAACUUGAACCAAUGUCAAAACGGAUACAAAAUAUCCAAGAUUACGCGAGGGGCAAGAGAAUGUCGAUGUGAGAAUGGACACUGAUGCCAAGGAGUCUCAAACUAAGCGAACUCACAGGAAUUACAACCAUGGAGUGUUCGGCUGCUGUCGUGGAUCCUUUUCUGCCUCAGAGUUCUGUUUUUACGGAGAAAAUGGAAUUUCAGUGCCGUUCAGAGAAGACUAAAGACUUUUGUCCCUUGAAUGAUGGCAAAAGUUUUAGAGAAACUAUCAGGCCGGCAAGAAGGGUGUCGUCUAGCAGGGACAAGUAUAUGAACAGCAGGAGACUGGAUGUAGAGAAACGCGCCUUGAAGGCAGUGUCUAAGCUCAUGAUGUUUAAGAACCAGACCUGGCUAAGUAUGGAAGAUCUCACGGUGGGAGAACAGCAGAACAUAUCCAGGAAUCCCGCGCUAGGCUCUACUUAUUCUCACGGGGAUCACCUGCCUUUCUGCAAUCUGCUAGGACGCUCGAGGGUUCCCAAGUGCCCGUGGUCGGGGACUAUACCCGACGAAGCGCCCGCUACCAUCUCUCGGGGCUGUUCGCUCGAAGCUCUCAACUUAUCCCCGAUGCAAGCUACCGAAUCCCCAGUGUCAGAUUCCCUGGAAAACUUGUCUACAACGUCAAACAUCAGCCGAGCCAGGAGUCGCAAGUGUACUCUAUCCUUGUCAAGUUCAACUUCGUCAGAAACUUUAACAGCAACUCCCAACGCAACUUUAAGUCCUGGAGUGUCGCUAGAGACCCUAACAGUGUCUACAGUAUCGAGUUCUUCAGAUCUGCACUCCAUCAACACAUCUCCGUCAUUCACACUGUGUCGCGGGGAUUCUGUCGAUAGUCUAUUCAUGCCGCCAUCUUCAGCUUCUCUUUCUGCAGAGGAGAGUUUGGAAAUCCUAGACUCGCCUGCUAUCUCAAAUCAGAGUCCUUUCAGGCGUCAGUUGUUCACCUCACUAAUAACCCGACAGUCAGCUCUUGUAGCUCGGGUUAGUCAACAGUCGUGUCAGCUCUUAAAGACAAUGAAAGUCAUAUCCUCCUUGAAGUCUUCGGAUCCCGAGGCUGAACAUCAAGCUUCUUCGUCGCCCGGCCGCGGCAACGUAGAAUCAGUUCCUUGUGUGCGACUCACACCAUCUUCAAGUACCGGAACAAUUGAGGAAACCUAUGAAGAGUACACGAAGCCUCUGGUGAAGCCUGUGCAUGAGGACAUGAAAGGUGUGGCCCCAGGGAAUGAAGAGACUAUCCCGUUUGCGAGACUGAGCCAGCGGCUCAUGUCUGUUUGUGACUCCGGGGUUGGUUGGGACACCGACGAUGAACUGGGGUCAAUCUCCAGGGGGUCCUCCUUCACCUUCGCUGAAGACAGCGAUGGUGUCAUCGACGAAGACCAAGUGUUAUGCGGGAACCGUGUGAGCCAGAUGACCAAGACCUACAAUGAUAUUGAUGCUGUGACCAGACUUCUCCAGGAGAAAGAAAAAGACUUGGAGCUUGCUGCCAAAAUCGGACAGCAACUUCUUGAACGCAACAAAACCCUAGAGGAACGUAAUGCACUGCUUGAUGCAGAGUUGUCUUCAGCUAGUGACAAAAUUACUCAACUUAAGCAUGAUCUGCAGAUGAAAACCGACCUGCUGCAGAUAUACACCAAUGACGUGGAUGAUACAAGCAGUUGUGAAACAACUCCAACUGGCCUUCGUCUGAUCAAUGUUGACAUCUUACAACAUCGAGUGAAAAACUUGGAAGAUGAGAAUAGAAGCCUACGUCAGGAGGCCUCCCAGCUGGCCAAUGACACUAUUGAGUGUGAGGAUAAAGAGAAGGAGCUGGUCUCAGAUGUUAUUAAACAGAUUAGCGAUGCAAAUUUACAAAUCGGCCAGCUUAGUGAAGAACUUGCAAAGAAAGUGGAGGACUCCCUACGGCAGCAAGAAGAAAUCACGCAGCUCCUUGCCCAGGUGGUUGACCUUCAGUCCCGUAGCAAACGGUUAGCUAUGGAGAAUGAUGAACUGGCCAACAUGGUGGGAGUGGCCAGAGAUUGCCAACAAGAGCUAACAAUGGAGUUGGCUGAACUAAAGGAAAAGUAUGCAGAGGUGUUAGACCUAUUACACGAUACACAAGAUCAGCUGAGACGGGUUCAGAAGAAGAACUUGCCAGGAAAUCGUGGUCACCAUCUCGGCAGCAGUCUUUUCAGUUCUCCCUUCAACUCUGGGAAUGAUUCCAUCGCCAGUGAACUUCACUCCCUCAACUCUCUGGGUGAAGAAUUGGGAAAAAGUGGCAGCAAGCUUGGAACUCUGCCGAUGUGUGGCUUAAGCCAGUCAGCCCUGUACCAAUACAGCAGCAACAUGCGUCGCACAUUUGAUACCGUGCGUUUGACAGGCAAAUGUGCUGGCUCAGGAUCACAGGGUUCUCUCAGCUCCUUGGGAUAUGGAGGAUCAGUGCACUCCACGCCUACCCGCCAUCCUUAUACCCCGUCACAUAUGGCAACUCCUACACACAUGGCAUCCAGUGGGGGCACCUAUGCUAUGUCUUAUAUGGGUUCCCAAGGCUCAUCUGUCUAUUCUGGGGGAUCAGGACAUCCAUCUUUGGAUUCUGGUGCAGAUUCUGAUGCUUCUAUGCACACAGAUUCAGAGGAUAACUACCCAGGAAGUCACUUAGGUGUCCCAGGCUGGCCAGGAACACCAGACCUGGACUCGUGCCUGCGUCGGCUUGGUCCAGGAAAUCGUUCUGGAACACCAUCGCAUUUCUUACCUUAUGGAUGCCGCACACCAGAUUCUAUCAUGUCUACUGGAAGUGGCAAGUCAGGCUUAAGCACUUAUGGUGGCAUGAAUGCUAGUGACUGGAAGCUGCCUCAGAAGCUUCAGAUAGUGAAGCCUAUUGAGGGAUCAUUGACACUCCACCAAUGGUCUCGUCUGGCAACACCACAUCUUGGAGGUCUACUGGAGGAAAGAGAAGGGGUUGCUAUUAAGGGUGGUGCUGGUGCUGAUCAACUGAACCUGGAUGUAUACUCAAUGUCUGACCUUGAGGAGGAUGAAGUAGAAGAGGAGAACCCAGGCAAGAGGUUCAUGUCUACCUCAGGUGUCUUCACGUACACCAACUCAACCAUACUACACCCAGAUGAUCAGACAAGCCUCACGCCAAGUUUGGGUCCAACACAAGUCAGUGUUCUUCCAACUUCAUCAGCCCCCAAGGGGUUUUAAAAACCCAACUCCCGUUUUCCUUGAGGGUCCUUUUUGCCCCCCCCAUCACGAAGAGGCUUUACUGCCACAUUUUCCACAACAAAUGGAUGGCAAAGGUGCUGGAACGAAAAAAAGGAAAAGAAUAUGACAAGCGGAUUUUCGCCAACAGCUACACCUGCUAAUAGUCCAACAAUUACUAGACCGGGUUCACCAGAGCCAGAGGGUUACAAAUUACCAGGUUUGGACGAUCUGACCAAAACUUUCCACUAUGGAGCCAGUCUCCUCCGUCGUACUUUCUACAAGGAUGACCCAUCGGCUCCUCAGUCCCCAGCAGGGCCACGUGUAAAUUUAGUUGAGCAGGUACAAGCCAUUGGUGUGAAUCGUUUUGUUGGGUCAUCAGAUCGUGCACUAACAGUUGGUGGAAUUGUGAUGUCACGUCCAGCAACUUCACCUCUCUUGCACCUCUCCAAUCUAAUUAUGAACAGUGCCAAGAGCUCUAAUACCAACAGCACAACAUUCUCCACCACAACCACUUCUACAUUUUCUGCUUCUGAAAAUGCUGGAAUUAUGUCAGCACCCAAGAUUCUCUCUCCAGGAGAGAGACGUCCUACACUUCCUUCUGGGGCCCCAAUGGGUAUUCCAGGACAUCCAGGGUCAGGUCACCUUGAUAAUCGUCUCAGUCAGCUCAAACCUGGUCAACGUGCAGAUUUGGGAACUGUUGGGGGUCGUCUGAGACCCUCUUCUCUAGGCAGUGUACCUCCACGUGGCAAUGGAGAGCAAAAUGUUGGCACUGUGGGAUGGACAUCAUUUGGUCGCAAAGGUGGACUUCUGUAGGUCCUCAAUCCUUGUGAACUUUCCCUUACCUUUAUGGUGCUGAUCUGUAAUUGUUCUGCCCUUUUCAGUACAUGUAAUUUUAAAAUUUAGGAAUUUCUAUUUGCUGUCUAAGUUAUUUAUUAAUUUUUGAUAGUAAAUAACUGACACAUGAAUGGAAUGCUUUAAACUGAAAAGCAUCAUGAUGUGUCAGUUUCAUGUACUGAACUUGCUAAUAGGGACAGUUCUCAGAUACUGCUCAUUAAGGAUUACUGUACAGGCUGUCCCACUAGCCUGAACCCUUAGGGAAAAUAUGUAUAAUAUAUAUAUUUAUUUUCCAAAUUGAAUGCUGUAUGACCCAAGCAGUUUUGUUUUGCUUGCUUUUUAAUAAUAAUUCAAAUUAAAUGCUAUAGACACAUCAAUUUGUGUACAGAUUCUUAAAAUGACACACUGAUCUGAUAGCAUUCCCAUGUUUUCCUUCAGUGCCACGACACUGGGUCCAGACUUUUGGGACACCCUAAACUUUGUACACAAUGCUAUGGGUAAAGGAAUUAUAAAUUGAAUGGAAUCUUGGGUGUUUAUAUUGAGAAGUGAAUGGCAUAGCAUAAACAUGCAUUUUGUUUUUUUAGUUACUAUGUAACUAGUCAUCUUGGGAUUAAGGAUCAAAGGACACGAUAUUUAUUUAGGUAGGAGUACUUCUAAUAAUUGAUUACUGUAUAGUGAAGUUUAGGUCCAGGUUUAUAACAUCACCUAUUUUGAUGCACUUUGUUUAAGGGAUUUAUAUACCAAGGAGGUACAGUAUUUCCCUAGCUCCAACAAAGUCUCUUUAUGAGAAUAAUGUGUGAAUGGAACUUACUGAAGCUUUUUAGCAAAUGCUUGAUCAACUGGUCAAACCCGUGCCAAAUAAUUUAUAAAUGUUUUAAUUUUGUUACCUGGACACCUUCUGCAGCUAAUCAGAUUUGAUUGGAAAUAGGCUAAUAAAUUCUUUUCCAGGUAAAUAAUAAUGCACAUCUGGUAGCUAGGAAAUGUGAUUCAAAGAUUAUGACUGAACAAGAAGUACAUUCCCAGUAACAUCAUGCCAUUGACAUUGCUUUCCAAAUAAUUACUAAAGAAAAGUGUGAUGAAAGUUUUGUCAAUUUGAACUCGAAUAUCAGUUAUAAUCAUUGAAGCAUUUACUUAAAUUUUUUUUAAAGGACUAUAACUUUAGGGUAGAAAUGAUGUCACCGCACACGUUGACUUUGGUUGUUAAAGCGGCAGAAGGGGUCUCGUGAGGGAGAUCCAAACCUUCUAGUCACAAAUGUACUGUCAGAACUUAUGCUUGUUUCCCUAGUAUAUCUUUAAACUUGUCUUUUUAUACAAGUAGAAGGAUUCUGACAAAUAUUGGAUUAUUUCAUUCUCAAAAGCUAUAUCUUGUUUGAAGUGGAGGUUGAGUCUUAAACUUGAUCUUUUAGAAAGGACAUGUCAAAUGUUCUUUCCCUUGUAUGAUGCUUUCUAGUCCACUAGUGGCCCUCUGUACAUGCAGAUGACCAAACUAGUGUCCUUGCAUUU